AUGACAGUAAAAUAUAAUUUGGCUGUAUCAACAUCACGACCAUGGACACUGUUCAAAUUAUUAUUUCGAUGGCGCGGAAGCGUUUGGAAAUCGGUAACCUUGGAACUUGUCAUUUGGCUAUUACUUUAUUUUACUAUUGGAAAUGAUUUGCAGGGUGAAACACGUACGUUUCGUUGCACAGAUUUUGAAAGAAUUGCUCAUUUAUUGGAUGAAAAGUUGAACCUAAUACCGGUUGAUUUCAUACUUGGCUUUUUUGUAACAUCCGUUCUAAAUCGAUGGAUCAAAUUCUUCGAUAAUAUUGGAUACAUCGAUAACAUAGCAUUGAUGACAGCAGCUUAUGUGCGUGGUGAUGAUGAAAGGUCACGAAAAAUGCGUCGUAACAUUGUCCGUUAUUGUGUUUUAUCGCAAGCACUCGUUUUUCGUGACAUUAGCAUGAAAGUGCGGAAACGAUUUCCGACAUUAGAUUCCGUUGUUGCAGCAGGAUUUAUGAUGUCACAUGAAAAAGCUAAAUUAGAUGAACUUCAUUAUCGAUAUGACAAGCAUUGGGUGCCAUUUCAAUGGGCUUUAGCAAUUUGCGACGAUGCACGACAACAACAAAAAGUUGCAAGUGAUUGGUUGCAACAGAAAGUUAGUGAAGAAAUCAAGCGAUUUCGUACAAAUAUGGCAAAUUUGUACAAUUUCGAUUGGGUGCCAUUGCCUAUAAUGUAUGCUCAAAUUGUUGUCCUUGGCGUUCAUUUGUAUUUUUUGGUUUGUGCUAUAUCACGGCAGCAUAUUAUUUCGGAUGAAGCACCCAAUAAAUCUAAAAUAGAUGUAUUCUUCCCAUUCAUGUCUGUUUUACAAUUUAUUUUUUACAUGGGAUGGCUCAAAGUAGCUGAGGUAAUAUUGAAUCCAUUUGGUGAAGAUGACGACGACUUUGAAUGCAACUUUCUACUCGAUAAAAAUCUUGCUGUAGGUUUAAUGAUUGUUGAUUUGGGCUAUAAUCAACCGCCAGCAAUUGAAAAAGACCCAUUCUGGGAAGGGCCUAUCGAACUACUCUACACGCAACAAUCGAUGGUACUUGAACGACGUAUGAGUAGUAUCACCGGUUCUCUCGCGCAUAUUAGAUUAUCAGACGAUAAAAAAAUCCAAAUGAUGCCGUUACCUCAUAAUGCGGAUUUAAUUCGAAGUCCAUUGGAUUAUUUGCUAAGAGCGACUUCAUGGAGCAGAUCGGUGAAUGAAGCUGGAAAUAUCAGCGAGAAAGAAUUAUCACGAAAUGACCAAUGCGGAACCGACUCGCAAGUGACAGAUGGUAUUCAUGCACGGCGAAGAUUUAGCUUAGGUGAUUAUUUUCAUCUGCCAUUUCGUUCGACGUUAUCAGCGCGUGCCUCACGUGAUUCGAUUAACAUUAUCAACGAGCCCCAUCAUCUGGAGGAUGUGACAGAAGAAAAUGAGGAUACUGUACAUUCACGAAAAGCACAAUCUCAACUGAGCCGUCCUCAGAUACCAUUUCCCACGUCAUUUCCACCUGAAAAUGAGCCAACAAAUCCAAUUUCGAAUACGCUGGAAGGAAAAGACAGUGAAAAUUUAAAUAGUUGA